AUGCCAAUUGGGCAACCACAAUUACGCUCAACUGGGCAAGUCCGAGCUUCCCUAACUACCUACUUCCUUCCAAAGCUCCACGUGACCGCCCUCGCCGCUUCCCAACUUCGCAAGCCAGACAGCAAUUGUCGGCGCCGGUUUGCUCCCACAUGUUCUGUGCGACCCGAGUCCGCUAACAAGGAGCAAUUGCGGUGCAACGCGAUCGGCCUGCUUACGCCAGAGCCCUACGUCGAAGAGAGGAACACUUUUCUCGAGGAUGUUCAAGACACUGUACUUAGGGCCCCAGAGGCAGCGUCGAAAUGGAUUAAAUCCAAGAUCUCGCCUCGAGUUCGCGGCCUCGCGCUGCUCAAUUUGCUCACCUUCCUAUACGGAUCCAACCUCUCUGUGAUCAAGGAGGGGCAACUAGCACUGGACGCGUUCAGCUUCUCCAUCGGCCGCUUCGCCAUCGCAGCGCUCGCCUUCGCGCCAUUCCUCCGCAAAGCUCUCGACAAGCCCGAAGUGCGGCGCGCGGGUCUGGAGCUGGGCGUGUGGGCCAGCGCGGGUUACGUCGCGCAAGCCGUCGGCCUGCAGACCACGGAGGCGGGGCGAGCCGCUUUCAUCGGCACGUUCACGGUCAUCGAGGUGCCGCUGAUUGCGGGCCUUGUGUUCGGCGCCAAAAUUCCCUACAUCACCUGGGCCUCCGCCGCUGCUGCUGUCGUUGGAGUAGCGUUGCUGGAAACCGGCGCAUCGGACUCGUCCCUUCUCGGCGAGAUCUGGACCAUCGCGAGCGCGCUGCUGUUCGGCAUCCACAUGCUGCGCUCCGAGCACCACACGCGCCACGUGGAGCCCACAGACGCCAUCCCGCUCAUCUCCCUGCAGCUCUCCGUGACCGCCGUGCUCUCCAUCGCCUGGAUGCUGUUCCUCAACUCUAGCGGCGUGCCUAUUCCCGGGCUUAACUCGCUGCUGGCGUGCGACUGGAGCGCCAUUCAGGCAUGGCCGUGGUGGCAGAUGGCGUAUACUGGCGUGCUAUCCACCGCUUUCUGCCUCUGGGUCGAGGUCGUUGCGCUCAGAGACGUCACCGCUGCCGAGGCCGCCAUGGUUUACACGCUCGAGCCGCUCUGGGGCGCCGCGUUCGCGUGGGUGCUGCUGAAUGAGCGGUGGGGUCCGGUUGGCUGGGUCGGAGCCUCCUUGAUUCUGGCUGGCAGUUUGACGAUGCAGUUGUUCGGAAAGAUGGAGGAGCCGGAGAAGGAGGGCGACGACGGGUCGCCGGUUCCGCUGGUGUCAGCGCUGGGAGUGGCGGCCACCAUGGCUCUGCUCAUGGCGCUCACGGCUGACGUGGACGAAGCUGUUGCCUCGCAGAUGCUGCUGCCAGAGGGGCGGAUGGGAGGGGAGGAGAAUCCAGUAGAGAUGGUGCUAGAGGCCAAGCAAGUGCUGUAG